AUGGAGCAAGCAAGGGAUCACUUAUACCUGAGAUGUACUGCAGAACAGCACGUGCCACAGGUGAAAGUCCAAGUCAAACGCAGGCAGACUGACUGACUGAGCAACCAAGAGUGUCAGUUGUACCCAAGGUGUUCUCAGCAGCAGCAAGCACCUAUGGUGGAUUUCCAGGCUGAACUGAGACAGGCAUUCUUAGCUGAGACACCAAGAGGUGGUUAAAGCAGU